UACAUUUUAUAUUAAUAAUUAAUAACGAAAAAACAUACGCAAAUUAUUGCUUUUAAUAUAAACAAUAAUUUGCGUUAAAUACAUUUUCAAGAAUUAUUAACUAAAGGGGAAUAAAAUCCCAAUUGAACAAUUAGAAACCGAUUAACGUGAAAAUCUGUACAGCGCUCGCUUAAAAAAAAAAAAAAGUAGAGAAAUCACGUUCCAGAGUUCUCAGUCAAUCUUAGAUAUACGAAAAAAGCAAAAGAAAAUAACAGAACAGAAAUUCUUGCUUUUCUCGACUAAGAGAACUCGCAACCAAAGGAAGGGGUGUGUGCCGUAACCUUCAUCACUUUAGAAAAAAGCCUAGCAAAUUUUUUUAAGAAUUUGUAACAAGAUAAGGACGGUUGGCAGACUCCUUCGCAAAAAAACUCUACACCUCAAAUAAGGACGGACGUCUAAAUAUAGGGCCUUAAAGAACAGACCAUCAAUUUUAUGUAUUGUACUUGUCACCAGCAGAGACUAAACAAGAGCAGCGGCAGCAGCAACAUCGUGGGACGACGUUAACGUUGAGGAAAUCGUGGCAAUAACUUUGCAUUGAUGGUAAUGCAUGCUAGAAAACCGCAACGCAUGAAUGAUGGCUACUUUGAGAAGCAUCAAUCCCAUCCUUAUCAGAGUUCCAAAUACAAUUCAAAACGUGAUUAUGAGCGCGAUCGUUCAUCAAAUUACCGCGACCGCGACAUUUCACCGGCUGGUAGUGUGUGCGGAGGCGGAAGUAGCGGUGGAGCAUUAAAUAAUGGUAAUAGUUCUUCAUAUCGCUCACAGUCGCCCGAAAUAGAUUCGCCAUCAUCGAGAGGCGGUCACUCCAAUUCGCACGAUAUACGCGAUCGCGGAGAUCAUCGUGGCGGCGGUGGCCUUUGUGGUGGCGAUCGUUUCAGUUAUAUACAGAAAAUGAGAGAUCGUGAUCGCGAUAUAUAUAAAAAGGACAAAUAUUCAGAUAAACGGGAUCGUCGCGGUGGUGAUCGCGAUUCUGAUUCGCAUCGCUCCAAUCAUGAUAGGAUUGAUAGGCGAGGUGCUGGUAGCGGCGGCAGUAGCGGAGCUAAGCUUUGCACUUCCAGCAGCGGGGGCGACAAACGUUCCGGUUCGGAUGAUCGCGAGAGGGAUCGGGAUCGUGAAAGAGAACGCGAUUUAAGAGAUAGUAAACGAGAACGAGAUUCACUUAGAGAGCGGGAUCGUGACCGAGAGCGCGAACGUGAACGCGAACGUGAUCGCAGCGCUCGGAGUGAUGAUCGUGAUCGGGAACGAGGAAGUGGUGGUGGUAAUAGUGGAGAACGUAGCGAACGUGGCGAACGUGUUGCUCGAUGUGGAGACUGGAGUGAACAUGUUAGCUCGUCUGGUAAAAUGUAUUAUUAUAAUUGUAAGACCGAGGUCUCACAAUGGGAGAAACCAAAGGAAUGGAUAGAGAGAGAACGCAAUUUAGCACGUGAUCAGCAUCGCGAAAAAGACUACCGUGACAAAGAGCGUGAGCGUGAGCGUGAGGAACGCUUUUCUAGAUCAACCUACACAAAACAUUCCAGUUCUCGUGGCAACUCUCGUUUAAGGUGGAAUUAUGAUAACGACGCCGGUCCCCCCGGACAUCGAAGACGUUUGGAUGGACGAUUGACCGAUAACGCCGAUAUGGAUAUAAGUCCGGGUGAUUCCACGCCCACCUCUGAAGCCAGUUACUCGUUGACCGGUACGCCCACUACCCAUGAUACAAUGGGUACUGUUGGUCAAUCACAUAACGACCAAACAUUGCCAUCAACUACGGUUGGUUUGCCCAACGCUUUGCCCCGAUUGGCUUCACACCCUAACGCAUCUUCAGUGUCCUCCGCAAAUGUAACCGCCGCUACGGCAGCAGCUUCAAUGCAUUAUUCGGCUUCCGUUAUUGUGCCGCCGAAUGGUAAUAGCAGCAACAGUGGAGGAAGCGGCAUAGCUGGUGCAACCAUGUUACCCGCUACAGGCCUUGCUUCCGUCAAUUUAACAUCGGGGCAAUCAGCCGGAGUGUUAUCAAAUAGUGGUGUGAGCGGUAGUCAACGGAAAAUGGACUCUGUAACGGGGUUGCAAUAUCAAUCUCAUAUAAUGGCUGCGGGUUCGCCCAUUGCCUCCACAAACCAAGUGGAUCAUCAUUUGAAUUCCAAUGCUCCAGGACCACCAAACAAACUUAGUUCUAAGGAUCCCGCCUUAAUGUUGCGCCAACAGCAAAUGCAUCACCACUUGAACACAGUUGAUGGCCACAUAAUGCCAGGAUGUGGCGGCGGUGGUGGUGGCUCUGGGCUAACAGAAAAUAUAAAUCAUGCCUCGACUGUUGGAGCUGUGAAUUUAAGAGAAAACGCUUUAAAUUCUCCUUUGUAUAAUUUAACUCAUUCACAUGGCAUGUCACCCAUGAGUUAUGCCAAAAGUCCUUUAACGCAUAAUACUGCGACAGCCUCUAUGGCGGCGGUAACACAUACCAAUAGUCUGGGUAACAUUGUAGCUGCCACAACUACCUCCGGUGGCGGUAGUAGCGUUGCUCCUUCAUAUGUCAGCAACAAUCAAUAUGGUAUCAAGACUGUCGAUGGUGGUAGCAGUGCCAACAACAGUGCCGGCAGUAGUAGUAACCUUAAUAUUGCUCUAAAUUCCCUUAGUAGUAAUAGUGGCGUAGGUGGCGGCGGCAUUGUCAUGGGAAGUAAUUCUGCUCUUUGUUCCUCAUCAGCAUUGAAUGCAUUACCCGGCCAUACUGGCAUUAAUAAUUCAAACAAUUCAACUAACGUUAGCGGCGGUAACGCGUUGGGCAUUUUACCCGGUGAAGGACCACCGACUCCUACACAGGAAUUAGAUAUAAGCGCUAAUUCAUCAUUAGAUCAACAGCAACGGAAAUUGGAUAAUACUGCUUCCGCAUCGUUAAGUACCCUGCAAAGUUGCGUUUCCAAUUCGAUACAAGCUGGAGCACGUUCACAAGGUCCGGAAAUAUCAACGAAACUUAGCAAGUAUUUUAGAGCUGAUUUAAUAACACAUGUCACUAAUUGGGCAGCUGACCAAUUGGAGAAACAGGCCCAGAAAUGUUCCGAAGAAACACAUCUAUAUGGAGAUUUACAAUGUACAAAAGUUUCAGCUGAACUGAAGUGCGCAAGAAGUCUAGUUAGAAUCACAGAAAUAACCGCAACGUUGCAGGAGCAAAAGAUUAUGUAUCUACGUCAGCAAAUACGUCGAAUAGAAGAAUCAAAAUCACAAAAUUCAUUCAUGUCUGAUGAUCUUUAGCCAAUAAAACAUUGAAAUAUAAAUUUUAAAAAAAAAAACAUGUUAUGAUACAAUUGAGGAAAAAAUUAAGUAAUAAAAAUUUGAAAGGCGGUCGGUUCCCCGAGGCAGAUGAAUGAGAGUAAAAA